AUGAAGUACGUGCUUGUAUCUGGUGGCGUCAUCAGCGGCGUGGGGAAGCACGUCUCCUCGAUCAAAAUUGACCCCUACCUCAAUGUGGACGCGGGCACGAUGAACCCGAAGGAGCAUGGCGAAGUCUUCGUCCUCUCCGACGGCGGCGAGGUUGACCUCGAUCUCGGCAACUACGAGCGCUACCUCAACAUUACCCUCACGCGAGACAACAACAUCACCACGGGCAAGAUCUACCAACACGUCAUUGAGCGAGAACGCAGAGGCGACUAUUUGGGAAAGACAGUGCAGGUGGUUCCGCAUAUCACCGAUGCCAUCCAGGCUUGGGUCGAGAGGGUAGCCAAGAUUCCCGUGGAUGACACUGGUGAGGAGCCCGACGUGUGCAUUAUUGAACUUGGUGGUACUGUUGGAGAUAUCGAGAGCAUGCCUUUUGUCGAAGCGAUGACCGAAUUGCGACGGAAAGCAGGGAAGAAUAAUUUCCUGCAGAUCCACGUGUCGUAUGUACCCGUCAUCCAUGGGGAGCAGAAGACGAAGCCGACACAGCACUCGAUCAAGGCUGCCCGCAGGGAGGGUCUGCUCCCAGAUCUGAUUGCCUGCCGCUGCGAGCGCGACCUUUUGCCGGGAUCAAUCGAGAAGAUUGCUCAUUUCUGCUUCGUCGACAAGACCCAGGUCAUUGUCGUGAAAGACAUGCCCUCGAUCUACCAAGUUCCCAUACUCCUCGAACAACAAGGCCUCAUUCCCCUUCUCCAGGACAUCCUCGAUCUGAAGAGUAUCUCCCUCUCUCCGGAAGCCAUCCAGAAGGGGCGGCGUACCUGGGAUCAGUGGAAGUACCUCACGGCACCCGAGAACUCGCGCUUCUACGAGACUGUAUCCAUUGCCUUGGUGGGCAAGUACACCGAGCUGCAGGACUCAUAUCUCUCGGUUGUGAAGGCGCUCGAGCACUCGGCGAUGAGAUGCAAACGCAAACUGGAGAUCCGAUGGGUGGAUUCCGAGGACCUCGAACCCAGCAAGAGUUCCGCAGACCCGGCCGCCUAUCAUACAGCUUGGCACUCCAUUUGCACAGCUUCCGGUAUCCUUGUUCCUGGUGGCUUCGGUAUCCGCGGCACAGAGGGCAAAAUUGCUGCUGCCAAGUGGGCGCGUGAAAACAAAGUCCCCUAUCUGGGCAUCUGCCUUGGGAUGCAGAUUGCGGUCAUUGAGUAUGCCCGUAACGUCUGCGGCAUCAAGGGUGCUACUUCUGAGGAGUUCAACGGGGAAGCUGCCGACAAGCUCAUCAUGUUCAUGCCCGAGGUCGACAAGGAGACGAUGGGUGCCACGAUGCGCUUGGGGCUGCGACCCACGCUCUUCCAGCCUGGCAGCGAGUGGUCCCGCUUGAGAGCCCUGUAUGCCGAGAAGGAGGAGAUUCUCGAGCGACACAGGCACCGAUAUGAAGUCAACCCCGAGUACAUCGACCGCCUUGAGCAGGGAGGUCUGACCUUUAUCGGUAAAGAUGACAAGGGCGAGCGUAUGGAGGUCAUCGAGAUUAGGGAUCACCCGUGGUACGUGGGAGUGCAGUUCCAUCCCGAGUACCUUUCUCGGGUGCUGGAUCCGAGCCGGCCUUACCUUGGCUUCAUCGCCGCCAGUGCUGGGAUGCUGGAGCAGAUCACGGCGGAAUACCUCAGUGGGAAUGGCACUGCUCCUGCGGUUGAGGCGAUCACAAUUGGAGUGGAUGGGUUGAAGGUGAACAAGGAAACUGGGCUGUUUUAG